CCGUGUUUCUGCACGGAUCGUUACCCAUGACGGACCUUUUAUUCACGUGUAAACAAGGAGCUGAGUAAUGUAAUUCUAAAUGACGCGUUAGAGACAGUAACCUUCUGUCACACAGUAUUUAGAAAUUGUAAACAACGAAACAGAGGUUUAUUAAAAAAAAUUAAAUACAUAAAGACACUGACGGAAAAUGGCGUCUUCAGCGGCGGAACACGACAGCGACGAUGGCAUGGACGAGUUAAUGGACAAGUUCAAGAGCCACAGCUACUCCAAUGCCUUCAAACAAGACAACUGGGAAGAGGAGUUCGAUAAAAUCCCCAUGUUCAUGAAAAAAGCCCCCGAGGAGAUUGACCCACAUCAGUACCCUGAGCUCGCCUGUCUCCAGGCCAUGAUCCACGACGAGGACAGGUCUCCGGAGGAACAAGCGAAAAGCCUGAAAAACGAGGGAAAUGCAUUUUUUCAAGAGAAGAACUACAAGAAGGCCAUAGUGGCCUACACAGCAGGUCUGAAGAAGAAAUGCGACGACCAGGACCUCAGCACAGUUCUUCUCACCAACCGUGCUGCUGCACACUUCCAUCUCGGUAACAUGCGAUCUGCACUGAACGAUGCUGCAGCCGCAAAGAAGAUCAGACCAGAUCAUCUCAAAGCCUUGAUCAGGGGAGCUCAGUGUUGCAUAGAGCUGCGUAACUUUUCAGAGGCCGUGCAGUGGUGUGACGAGGGGCUCAAAGUCUAUCCUGCCGACAAGAAACUGCAGGGCCUGAGAGCUUCUGCAGAUAAACACAAGAGGGCAGCAGAGAGAGAUGCCAGGAAGGCCAAGGUCAAAGAAAAGAAGUUGCAUGGUGAGAAAGAAGCUCUUCUGGCGGCUAUAAAGGGUCGAGGCAUCAAGCUGCUCCAGUCUGUGGACGACCUCAGCUCUAAGGAGGUGACGGGGGCUCAGGUCUCCCUGGACGAUCAGGGCUCCCUUCACUGGCCUGUUCUCUUCCUCUAUCCCGAACACCAGCAGAGCGAUUUCGUCUCGGCUUUCUGUGAGAGCAGCUGUUUCAUCGACCACCUGUCUGUCAUGUUUGGAGAAGAGCUCCCACCGUGGGACGUGGACAGAAAAUACCACCCACAAAAUCUGCAGCUGUACUUUGAACACGAACAGAAGGAGACACUCUACCAAGUGAAACCAGAGACGCAACUUUUAGAAGCGUUGCAGCAUAAAAGGUUUUUUGUCAAGGCAGGAACUCCCAGCUUCAUUGUUCUGGUAAAGGGCUCCUCGUUCACAAAGCAGUUUUUAACGGGAAAGAAAAUCCAAGGAUUGUGAGAACAUUUGUCCUCAAAUCUUGGAUUUUUAAUUACACAACAUUCUCCUUUCAACACCGAAACACUUACUUUAAUUUUUGGAAGACACCACGUCAAAUAUGUGUAUCUCCUGUUCCCGUGAGCUUGACACACGGUUCGACACCAAGUCUCAGUGUAAAUGAAACUAAAAUAAUUGAGGUAACUAAAAGCCCAUACAACCCAUCACAAUAUUACCUGUUAAAAAAAGGCUUUUGACAAUGACUCACACCUCACGGUGUAACUUCAUUUACUACAUUUUGAAAUUGUUAUCGUCAUUUUUUUUGCCCAAGUUUGAGGCUCAUAAGAGAUGGACCUGUGUAUAAACCAAUGACGAUGAUUCAGGAAGAAGUGUGACAGAACAUGAUGGUGUUUAUUUGAGCUUUGUAAAACAAAAACAUGUUUAUGACUAUCAAAGAGAGGUCAGUCGACUUUAUUGUACAGUUAGCAGUGAUGGGUGUGGCUAUCACCUGUAAUUGAGACACUUAAUCUUGAACCCUGCAUCAUUAAAAAAAGAGGAAGAAUAAAACUGGUGUUAACUUAUAUGACCGGGAAAAAAUGGAAAAUGUCCUGGGAAUGAUUACUUUGUGGGAACCCUGAAUUUGUACUAACAAGGAAACAGUUGAC